CCCGCUCGUUCGUCAAAAUUUGAAAUCUCUCUCUCUCUCUCUCUCUCUCUUUCUAAGCUCUCUGCGUCAGCUUCUCGGUUCACGUGCCCCCCGCAACAUCUCCUCCAGCGACUUCGGUCAUCUUCUUCACGACCUGGUCAGCUCGUUUUCUCCAGAUUUCUCUCUCUCUCUCUGCCAAGAAACCAUCAAUGGGUAAUUGUUUCAGCAAGAAAAGCCCUUCAACGGUUGUUGCCUACGGCAGCUCUUCGGCCGUAAAGCCACCUCCCGAUUCGAACCCUCCUUGCAGAAUUGAUGUCACGAAAGCGGAGCGCGAGCCCAGCAGCAAGACGUCGCCGCCGCGAAAUCACCAGCGGAAGGAAGCCGAACAGGAGGGCUUCGUCAAAAAGGAGGUCUUCAUCAUCAAGCACCGGAAGAGCCAAGACAGGCGCACUUCUCCUGAAGAAAAGCUGGCCGUCCACGGCGUGGCUCCUGUUGUGGAUGCCGGGAAAUCCGGCGAAGAUGCGGCUCAGGCGGUCAGCCCUCUGGCCACUUCGAGCAAUGGCGGCGAGAGCUUGCCCGUAAAUGGGGCGAGCGCUGUUGGCGUGAGUGCGGGCGUGAGGACGUCCAGCUGUACCAAGGAAGAGGUCGAUGCCAUUCUCAUCCAGUGCGGCCGGCUCAGCCGCAGCUCCUCAGGGAGAGCCGGCGCUGCUUCCGGUGGCAGAGUCUAUUCAGGAUCCAAGAGGAGCUAUGAUUUCGAUAACCAAAACGAUGAUGGUGCCGCCGCUCGGGCUGCCGAUGCUGUGGGAAGAGAGCAACCCGAGAUGAAUGAGGAUGAGCUUGGGGAGAAACGCCAGCACCGGCAGCGCCACCGCCAGUCGACGCCUUCCCGGUCUCACAGCCAGGGGAGUGGGUCGAGGAGGAGGACCCCGAGCAGGGAAAGAGAGCAGCGCUCCUCAAGUAGAGAAAGGAGGGUGAGCCGCUCGCCCGCUAGACGUUCCGAGAACACCUCUCUCUCGAAUUCGAACGCGAGUGCCACUGCCGGGGGCUCUGGCAACAACAGUAGGCCCGGGAAGAUGGUGUCGGUCCCUGCUUCUUUGGUGGAAAAGAGCAACUGUGGCGGCGAUCCUCCGGAAUCUCAAGCCACCGUCAAGAGAAUAUCUGUGAAGAGGAACGUAGGGGAAGCGCAAACAGUGUCGAGAAGCGCUGCGUCGCCUCGUUCCCGGUCACCUGCAAGGCAAAUGUCUGGCGGCGUUGGAAAGCAGCAGAACAGUGAGAACCAACCUUCCCUCAGUCGCAACUCAUCCAGGAAGGCGGAACAAUCUCCGCACAGAAGAAAUCCGCUCAGCGAGAUCGAUACCAAUGCCCGUCAACAGCAACCUCAGCCACCAUCCAACAAGAGCACGCAUAAAGCUACGGAAGACGGCACAGUAAAGGAAGUCGAGGCUCGAGUGACGAAACCGACUGUGGAUAGUAACAACAGCAGAUUCGCUCAUGGGGCUUGCGACAAAACUGGAGGCAAAGUGACAGAGGACAACAAGGGCCGAGGCUGUGAUUCUGCAGAAAAGGAGCAACAAGCUGUCAUGGAAGUUCUAAAGAGGCAAGCACCAAUGUCCGGGCUUGAAAGAGAGAAACCACAGGGAUUGGCACGAAGCCGAUCCUCAAGGCUGUCUGAGCUCGAACUGAAUCCUCAGAUUGUGCCUGAACCCGCGUCCUACACGUCCUUGCUGCUUGAAGACAUCCAGAAUUUUCACCAAAAGCAAACUACCACUUUCUCGGUCCCGGCUUGUGUGACAAAGGCCUGCUCAAUCUACGAAGCAGUCGCCGACCUCAACUCCAAUAAGAGCUCCAAUGCAACCUGCGCCUUGUCCGAGUUAAGAAAAGUUGCGUCCAAUCAAUGCAGCCACAACGGCUACAAUUCCUCCUACUCAGGUAAUGAUCUCGUUAGGAAAUCAGAGGGCAGGGACCCAUUUGUGGAAUCGGAGUUAGCAGUCGACGAUGAUCUAAUGGAGCCGAGCAUUCACAAGUAUGUGACGGUGAAGAGGGGUGGCUUGCUGAAAGGGGAUGACAAGGAGGAGAUAGAAUCCUCAGGGAGCAACAGCUUCGUCGGUUCUGGAACACAGCAAUGGGGAGUGUCUUCUUCGUGGGAGCCUUGUUCGGCAGAUUCAUCCGAUUGCUGGACUUCCACUUCCAAUUCCAAAGCUGUUGUGGACGACUUCAACGCGUUAGCCUUCCAGAGGAUUGCUGUAUCUGAAUCGGGUCGCCAAGCGAGCGAGUCCAGAAGGGACUUGAAUGUUAAGAGGAGGGACUCCGGAGCUCGACAAAAUGGGAUCGGGAGAAGCAGGACAUAGUCCAUGGUUGGUAAUCUUUAUCUUAUGGCGGAUAUCAGUGACUACUGCAUUUGUAGAGCCUCAACAAGAAGCGAGACAGAUUUGUUUCUAUUUUAAGGGUUCGGUGUACGUUUAUCAGCAGUUGCAUACUUGCAGCAUUCCAGUCUUUUCAUUAGGCAACAUUGCAGCUUUCAUUAUUUUUGCACCAUAGAUUGUGCAUAAGUUACUCAUUUAUGUGCUUUCUUUCGGGAGAACUUGCCAUGUGGUUGAUUUUCCUCAUCAGUUACUGUGAUGUAGAGUUUUUAAAGUUUGUAAGGAUUUUAUCCCAUCUA